AUUUCAGGUAAGUCACGAACAACCGGUGAAUCUAGCGUUCGUGGAUAUGGAUGUUGAUUCAGCAGAAUCGGACCAACUGUUUGACAAAUUGAUGAUCUGGAUGAAGUCUUUGCACUUCACAUCUCUCAGCCUUGAUACAAGAAGUUUGAGAAGUGGUCGUGCAUUUGCCGAAGUCUUGCAUGGAAUUGACGAUCAAUUUUUCAACGAAAUAUGGAUUGAAAAGGUGGCUCAAUAUGAUUCAGAUUCUAACUGGAGAGUCAAAGCGAAUAAUCUUCGUAAGUUGACUCGAAGUCUUGGUGAAUACUAUGAAGAGCAUGCACGCAGAAUAGUCAAAGGAACCCCGUUACUUGACAUAGAUGAGAUGGAGUUUGCCGAAGAAGGCUCUAUCAAAGAGAUGCUCAAAAUGGCUGUGUUGAUUGUUGGAGCUGCGUUUUUGGGUAGGAGGCAAGAAAAAUUCGUUGCCGGUGUUGCUAUACUUGAUCCCGAUGUACAAAGUGGGGUUGCUACUGCAAUCCAGUCAAUCAUGGAGAGGUCAGAAAAGAGAGAAAUCCAGUCGCCCAUUAUAAUCGACCCAGAGGAAGUCUUGCCUGAUGUGAAACCCAAUGGCGGUGCUAGCUCGAGCAGCGGCGACGAACUUGGUGGUCGUAUAACACAUCUGAGCAAAGAGAACUUGGAACUUCGUCAAGAACGUGAUAAUCUCGAACAACAGCUGGAAAAAGCUCGACAACAGUUGUAUGAGAUUACGCAAGGAAAAAGUGUAGACGAGUUCGAACAAGACAUUGCAGAUCUGAAGGAGAAAAAGACACGGUUAGAAACUCAAAUUAUUGAAACUGAAACCGAAAUGGAAGUGUUGAAAGGGAAAAUCGAUUCGGUUUCACAAGAAAAUGAGGAUCUCAAGUCAAAGGUUGGACAAAUAAGGCCAUUCGAAGAUGAGUUUCGCCGGCUUCGGGAUGAGGUCGAAGAAUUACGAGUGAAGGAGGCUGAUCAUUCAAAAUUGCAACAGGCUUAUGAACAACUGAAAAAUAAGGCGAAAGAUAGUAGUAAUGACCGAGCAGAGCUCCUUGUUCUGCGUGAAAAAGUGAAAUCCUAUGUUGAACAUGGUAUGCUGCUAGAGGAUGAGCAACGCAAAAAUAAGACUUUGCGUACACAAAUGGGCUCAUAUAAAGCGCUGUCGGAAGAAAAGUCUCGAGAAAACGACAAGCUCAUCAUCAAAGUUGAUAAGUUGGAACACGAGCUCGCAACCACCAAAGACCGCUUAGCAGCCGCUGAAACCCGAGUAGAGGGCCUUGUGCAAGAGAAGAUCAUACUCGAAAACAAAAUUGCCCACGAAUUGUCGCACGUGGAUAGCGCCCAUAGCCUGCACGCAUCUAUGCUGGAAUCGAAUGGUGGAGGAGAUUCUUCACUCGACGGAAGUAUGAUGGAAGAUCGUAUAAGAAACUUGGAAUUGGAGAACUCCCGUCUUCGCGAAAGAAUCAAGGAAAUGGAAGAAUUGGAAGUAGUGAAAGGUGAAAUGGAUGUUGUGAAGGGGCGUAACCAUGAGCUUGAGAGCGAAUUGCGGCUUGUGAAUAAGAAAAAAGUGGAUUUGGAGGCGAAAGUUGAAGAGCUUGAACGCUCUAUAGAGACUGCUGCUGCUUCUUCAUCUGGAGACGUCACUGAGGUCAAGCUUAGGUCUGAGAAGAUGUCUAUUGAAAUUGAUCAGUGGAAACAAAAAGCAGAAAUGUCGGAAAAACGAGCAGCAGAAGCGCUCGAUGCGCAGUUAUUGGCACAAGGAAAAUUGAAAGAAAUGGAGGCCGAACUGCAGGAAGAACGCGAGUCAAAACGAUCAUAUUUGGAAAAAGCUCGGCAAAUAAUCAUUGACCAGGAACGUGCAGCUCAGUGCGCAGCCGAAGGAGGCCUGAGUCGCCACGAGUUCGAUUCAUUACGUCGUGAAAUUGAGCAGAAAGACCGAAGAAUCAAACAACUUGAAGAACAAGCAGAGCAGACUAAUACGAUGCAUGAACAGGAACAACGGCUGCUUACCACUGCUUUUUAUGGAAUGGCUAAAAGAGUUGAUGAAUGUAGCCGAAUGACAGAAAGCAUGGAUUCUGGUCGAGAAAGAAGUUUUCUCUCACGACAGAAACAGGCGAACGCCUUUAAUCUCCGAUACACGUGAUCACAAAUGUUCGCUCCACGAUACCAUUCGUAAUGUGAUGUGCUUCCUCGGGUUGUGGUGCUACCAUGGUGUCUGCUUUUGGUGCUCGUCCUCUAUGUUAUAAUCGGCGACAUACGAAGUUCGUCAAGAGCAGCGUGGUGGUUACUUCCAGUAAGGUACGUCUGAGACAUCGCCCACAUACUAAAGAGUAGUAAAGUCCUCGUUUUCAUCGCUUUCCUUUCCGCAGUGCUCUCGGUUUGGUGCAGUUCUUUGUUUCUUCUGUACUAUUUUUGAAAUUUUUACACACCUGUAAAACGGGUUGAUUUGAUUUUUGCGUGAUUCGAGCUGAUCCCAACAGAUUUCUGCUGUUUCUUUCAAACUCUCAGAUUUUUCAUAGUGUACAUACAUAAAUCUUCUAGAAAUCCUAUCAAAUCGCAAUUUUGAAUUUGCUCUUCUAAGCACAUUAAGCCUUUUCGAUGCAUUUCUUUGCUUGUCUCUCCUUCAUUCUGCGUAUGUGAUAUUUCACUCAAUAUUAUAUGCUUUCCCAGAGCUAUAAUCCUUAGAAUAUAUGGUAUUUUGGGUGACAGACAAUGAGACAAUGACGCUUACUUAAGUGAUCAUUCGUGUAUUCUGCUCUGUACAUGCAUUGUAAUG